GGCCCCGCCCCCUGGGCGCUGCCGGAGUGGAUGGUUCCAGGCCAUGUUAAUGAGGGGCUGGUCGCCGCCGCCCAUUGGCCGGCCGCGGAGUGUCGGUGAAGUCAGCUCUGAGUAGCAGAAAAACAGAGCGGGGCUGACUGCAGCGUGGAGCGCGGGCCGGGCUGGACGCGCGCAACCCUUGCCGGAGAUCGGCGAGGAGUUGGCAUCCAUUGGAAGACCCUGAGACCCUCGCUGCCCAGAGCUUCAGGACCAAUGUGUCUCCAUACCACCUGCAAACACUGAGCCAUCCGGAGCCCCAGCUGUAGAAGACUUGCCCGCCACCAGCAUGAGUUCUGAAUGUGAUGCUGGAAGCUCGAAAGCCGUUGUGAAUGGCUUGGCACCUGGCAGCCAUGAGCCAGACAAAGAUGCACCGUUGACCCUUUUGUGUUUUCAGCAACCGCAGACCCUUUACGUGCGCGCUCUAUUUCUGCUGUUAAAAUAAUUCCCGUGAAGACAGUGAAAAGCCCUACAGGCCUAGUACUCCCUCCAGACAUGGACCCUGCAAAAAUUUGCACUGGGAAAGGAACCGUGACCCUCCGGGCCUCCUCUUCCUACAGGGAAACCCCAAGCAGCAGCCCUGUGAGCCCCCAGGAAUCUCCGAAGCAUGAGAGCAAAUCAGGCCUGGAGCCGGAGGACCCUUCAGCAGAUGAGUGGAAACUUUCUUCCAGUGCCGAUGCCAAUGGCAAUGCCCAGCCCUCCCCUCUUGCUGCCAAGGGCUACAGAAGUGUACAUCCCAGCCUUUCUGCUGACAAGCCCCAGGCUGCCACCUCCUUCAGCCCAGCCCCGUCUGAGAGGCGGCCCCAACACAGCCAGCCAGCCAGUGCUUGUGGCUCCCUCUCCCCUGCUAGCCAGACGCCACCACCCUCACCACCACCUCCGCUGGUCCCUCCCAUACCGGAGGACCUCCACAGAGGCUUGGAGCCUGACCUCCCGGGAGCUGUCUCAAGUACCGGCGGUCCUUUACUAACUGAAGUUUCUUCUUCCCAUAUUGAAACUGAUUCUCAAGCCUUCCCUCCAACAAGCAAACCUUCAUCUGCCUACCCCUCCACCACAAUCGUCAACCCCACCAUUGUGCUCUUGCAGCAUAAUCGAGAACAGCAAAAACGACUCAGUAGUCUUUCAGAUCCUGCCUCAGAGAGAAGAGUUGGUGAGCAGGACUCAGUGCCAACCCCAGCAGAACUCACUUCGCCCAGCAGGGCUGCUGAAAGGAGAGCAAAGGAUGACAGCAGGCGGGUGGUGAAGAGCGCACAGGACCUGAGCAAUGUGUCUAUGGAUGAAGUGGGCAUUCCACUCCGGAAUACCGAGAGAUCGAAAGACUGGUACAAAACCAUGUUUAAACAGAUCCACAAGCUGAACAGAGACACUCCUGAAGAAAACCCUUAUUUCCCUACGUACAAAUUCCCCGAACUUCCUGAAAUCCUGCAAAAUUCUGAAGAGGACAACCCUUACACUCCUACCUACCAGUUUCCUGCAUCUACUCCUAGUCCUAAGUCUGAAGAUGAUGAUUCUGAUCUACAUUCUCCUCGAUACUCCUUUUCUGAAGACACAAAAUCUCCCCUUUCUGUGCCUCGCUCAAAAAGUGAGAUGAACUACAUUGACACGGAGAGAGUGGUUAAGAGGUCAGCCACACUCCCCCUUCCAGCCCGCUCAUCCUCACUCAAGUCCAGCCCUGAGAGAAACGACUGGGAGCCUCCUGAUAAGAAAGUGGAUACCAGAAAAUACCGAGCAGAGCCCAAAAGCAUUUACGAAUACCAGCCGGGCAAGUCCUCCGUUCUGACCAAUGAGAAGAUGAGUCGGGAUAUAAGCCCAGAAGAGAUAGAUUUAAAGAAUGAACCUUGGUAUAAAUUCUUUUCGGAAUUGGAGUUUGGGAAACCGCCUCCCAAAAAGAUAUGGGACUAUACUCCUGGAGACUGCUCUAUCCUUCCUAGAGAGGAUAGAAAGACUAAUCUAGAAAAAGAUCUCAACUUCUGCCAAACAGAGUUAGAGGCAGAUUUAGAGAAAGUGGAGACGAUUAAUAAAUCACCCAGUGCAAACCCGCCACAGAGCUCAGCAGUCAGCCCGACUCCAGACAUUACCUCAGAGCCUCCUGGAUAUAUCUAUUCUUCCAACUUCCAUGCAGUGAAGAGAGAAUCAGAUGGGAGCCCCGGGGGUCUCGCUAGCUUGGAGAAUGAGAGGCAGAUUUAUAAAAGUGUCUUGGAAGGUGGCGACAUCCCUCUUCAAGGCCUGAGCGGGCUCAAGAGACCCUCCAGCUCAGCUUCCACUAAAGUGGAUCGUAAAGGCGGGAAUGCUCACAUGAUUUCUUCAUCAUCAGUUCAUAGCCGAACGUUUCACACUAGCAAUGCUUUAGGCCCUGGGUGUAAGCACAAGAAACCCCUGUCGGCUGCGAAAGCCUGCAUUUCGGAGAUCCUUCCUUCUAAAUUCAAACCCAGGCUCUCUGCUCCCAGCGCUCUUUUGCAGGAACAGAAGAAUGUCCUGUUGCCAUCAGAGAAGGCUCAGAGCUGUGAGAACCUUUGUGUCUCUUUGAAUGAUUCCAAAAGAGGCCUCCCACUCCGAGUUGGGGGGAGCAUCGAAAACCUGCUCAUGCGCUCCCGGCGGGAUUACGACAGCAAGUCCAGUAGCACCAUGAGCCUACAGGAGUACGGCACCAGCGCCAGGAGGCCCUGCCCUCUCUCCAGAAAGGCUGGACUGCAUUUCUCCAUGUUCUACCGGGACAUGCACCAGAUCAACCGCGCCGGCCUCUCCUUAAGUUCCAUCUCCUCCUCAAGUGUGCGGGAUCUUGCCUCCCACUUUGAAAGGAGCAGCCUGGCGUUAGCCAGGGGUGAGCUGGGCCCUAGCCAAGAGGGCUCAGAGCAUAUCCCCAAGCACACCGUGUCCUCCCGUAUCACGGCCUUUGAGCAGCUCAUUCAGCGGUCCCGGUCCAUGCCAUCCCUGGACUUCUCUGGCAGGCUGAGCAAGUCCCCGACACCUGUGCUGUCUAGGAGUGGCCUGACCUCAGCUCGUUCAGCCGAGUCCCUCCUCGAGUCUACCAAGCUCCGUCCCAGAGAGAUGGAUGGGAUAGACUCUGGAGGGAUCUAUGCGUCCCCCACAUGUAGCAAUAUGGCGGACCAUGCCUUGAGCUACCGGAGCCUUGUACCUUCUGAGCCCCUUUCCAUCUGCUCAGAUGAGCUAGACCACUGUUCAAAUGUUUCUAAUGACAGCAGGGAGGGCAGUGGGGGCAGUGUUCAUGGAGACUUCCCCAAACAUCGCCUCAACAAGUGCAAGGGCACCUGCCCGGCCUCCUACACCCGCUUCACCACUAUCCGGAAGCACGAGCAGCAGUCCUCCAGGCAGCCAGACUGGCGCUCGGAUUCCAGGGGGGACAGGAACAGUCUCCUCAGAAACAUCCACCUGAUGAGCCCCCUCCCUUUUCGAUUGAAAAAGCCCCUCCAACAGCACCCCAGACAGCCUCCCCACAAUGACUCCUCAGGGUCCCCUGCUGGCCAGAAGGCAGACCUUCCCUGCCAGGGCCCUCAGGACCAGCCCCACCCUACGGGGAAACCCAUGGUCCCCACCCGUCUGUCUUCCCGACACACCAUGGCAAGGCUUAGCCACAACUCAGAACCCCCUCUGGACAUAUCUGCUGGCCUGGAGGAUUGCACAAGGGCAAUUAAUAACGGGAACCCUGUGCCCUACUCAGACCAUGGCUUGGACAGGAACAACAAUCCACAAAGUGAACUGGCAGCGGCCCAUGGAGAUUCAGAGUCACCAAGACAUUUUAUACCAGCUGAUUACUUGGAGUCCACAGAAGAAUUUAUUCGGAGGCGGCAUGAUGAUAAAGAGAAACUUUUAGCGGACCAGAGACGACUUAAGCGCGAGCAAGAAGAGGCCGAUAUUGCAGCUCGCCGCCACACAGGUGUCAUCCCGACGCAUCAUCAGUUUAUCACUAAUGAGCGCUUUGGGGACCUCCUCAAUAUAGAUGAUACCGCAAAAAGGAAAUCUGGGUUAGAGAUGAGACCUGCCCGAGCCAAAUUUGACUUUAAAGCUCAAACACUGAAGGAACUGCCUUUACAGAAGGGAGACAUUGUUUAUAUCUACAAACAGAUUGAUCAGAACUGGUACGAAGGCGAACACCAUGGCCGGGUGGGAAUCUUCCCACGCACCUACAUUGAGCUUCUCCCUCCAGCUGAGAAGGCUCAGCCCAGGAAGUUGGCGCCCGUGCAGGUUUUGGAAUAUGGAGAAGCGAUUGCAAAGUUUAACUUCAAUGGUGAUACACAAGUAGAAAUGUCUUUCCGAAAGGGGGAGAGGAUCACGUUGCUCCGACAGGUGGAUGAGAACUGGUACGAAGGCAGAAUUCCUGGGACAUCCCGCCAAGGCAUCUUCCCCAUCACCUAUGUAGAUGUGCUUAAGAGGCCAUUAGUGAAAAACCCUGUGGAUUACAUCGACCUGCCUUAUUCUUCUUCUCCAAGCCGCAGUGCCUCUGCGAGCCCACAGUGUACUAGUCACAGCAAGCUCAUCAUGCCAGCCCCUUCAUCUCUACCCCACCCCCGCCGAGCCCUGUCCCCUGAGAUGCACGCCAUCACCUCCGAGUGGAUCUCGCUGACUGUCGGGGUCCCCGGCAGGCGUUCUCUGGCCAUGACACCGCCUUUGCCUCCUCUGCCUGAGGCUUCUAUCUAUGACACGGACCACUUGGCCUUGUCAGCGAGGGCCCGUUCCUCCUUGCCACUCAGCCUUCCCUAUUCGAGUCGGUCAGAUCACUCCACCCUGCGCUCAGUGGUUUCCCCACUGGCCCUGCCUCCACCCCACAAAGCCUACUCACUGGCACCCAGUGCCCAGGUGCCUCUUCACGUCAAUGGAGAUGGUGGUAUUCACAUUCGCCAAGAUGGCUUCUCCCAGCCACCACUUGGGAACUCUGAUAGGGUCAUCUCAGAGCUUAGUGAUGCCUUUAGCAGCCAGAGAAAGAGACAGCCCUGGCGAGAAGAUGGACCAUAUGAGAGGAAAGCAGAAAGCGAGGCAGGUGAGAGAUGCCCUGGUGGACUCAAGAUCUCUAAGAAGAGCUGCUUGAAGCCUUCAGACGUGGUCAGGUGCCUGAGUUCUGAGCAGAGACUGUCAGAGUUCCACACUCCUGAGGACAGCCAGUCCUGCAAGCCUCUGAGUAGCCCUUUCCCAGCAUGGGAGGCUGGGCCACCAGAGCUUCACAGAGGUGUCGGGGCUGACAGGAAGGCUGCUCAGAGUGGUGUGAGCCAGCCUUCUCAUCAUUCAUUGAGCGCAGGACCUGAUCUCACAGAAUCUGAAAAGAACUAUGUGCAACCUCAAGCCCAGCAGCGAAGAGUCACCCCAGACAGGAGUCAGCCUUCACAGGAUUUAUGUAGCUACCAAGCGUUAUAUAGUUAUGUGCCGCAGAAUGAUGAUGAGUUGGAACUCCGAGAUGGAGAUAUUGUUGAUGUCAUGGAAAAAUGUGACGAUGGAUGGUUUGUUGGUACUUCGAGAAGGACAAGGCAGUUUGGUACUUUUCCAGGCAACUAUGUAAAACCUUUAUAUCUCUAAGAAGACUGAAAAGCACAGAGAUUAUUUUUAUCAGAGGAUGAAGCAUAAUUCAUGACCUGGCUUCUUUAUUUAAAUAUUGAGUCAGAAGGAAAAUUAAUGCAGUUGGUAAAGGAAGAAUUCAAAGAGAAGAACAGGGACUUGUGUUUAAAACCCACUGUGUAUCAGGGCUUAACUGUGUGCUGAGGAAAUCGGUAUUUACAAGGCUGCUUCUGGGAGCUGCUCCAGACCCCACCACUUGGAUAAUAUGAUCUGGAAUAGUGUCUAUAAGCAGCGUUAGCCAAAACAUGUGCCCAGUUGUUACCCACUCCCAUUUUAAAGGGGCCCCUUGGGGCCAGGUAGGUCACCCAUGAGCAUGUUCCAAACAGGCUCAAAGCCUAAGAAUCAUUGACAACCCCUGCCUCUAUUCCUGGCUGUUCCAGAGCCAGCAGGCCCGAAGUGCUUCUAGAGGCUGGUCAGUGUUGCUAAGGUUUUCCUUCAGCACCAUGAUUUGAUGAGGUCCAGGAGAAGAGAAAUGGAGGCAGACCCGGCACCAGCAUUCAGCGUGCUGGGUGACAUUGCCCUUUACUGCCCUGAUACUCACACAGAAAAGCACGCCAUGUUUGUCCUGAGCUUUGGAGCAGGUGGCCAGGCAGAUGGUUUACAUUCAUGUUUCCACAUAAUUAAGCCAGUCACCUUGGAGGUCACUUGGAGUGUUCUCCUUCCCUGGUCACCAUCACUGGCUGGGCAGGGUUAGCUAUGCCUUUUUUCUCUGGCUUAGUAUGGCCUUGACACACCUAAGCCCAUAGAAUAAGACUGGUCUCUGUUAGUUCUCUUAAUGUGUGUAGAUGUGAGCUGGCGGUGGGGCACCAGAGUAAGAGACUCCCAGACCUAGGAAGGGACGCUGUGCCUCCACUGUUUACUGUGGAGCUCAAAGACCACCCAGAACGUUGUCCCCCUGGCCCUUGCCCCCUCCUCCCCACCACCCCAGGCCAGUGAGUCCUGGUGCACAUGGUGAGGCCUCCAUUCAGAGCUGAAGUGUUAAAUACUGCCUUGGGUAUGAAGCAGCAAUUCUGCUCCUCCUGCUGGCAACCUUGAGUCUGUCCUCUGUGAGCCCGGGUUGUAAGGAGGGGACUGCUUUGUUUACUGUGGUUUACUGUGAUUCUCUGUUAGAUUCCUAACUGACUCAAAGAUAGGUGUGGCCUGUUCCCAGAGUUGAGCCUGCCAGGGGCUCAGCUGCACGGAAGAUGUAGUGAAAGAAGCCCAAUCUAGAGAGACUGUGAUACGUGCAGAGGGUGUGAGAAGAAGGGGUGAAUUUCUGCCGAGGGGGCCCGUAGAAAGCACUGUCAGGUUUCCAUCUCCCUCAGCUCACUUCUGAACAUCGAGGAUGCUGGGAGAAGCUUUGUCUGAGGGUAGUUUAUGUCUGGAAAUUCUUGGGAUUUUUUUUUUCCAGAGUCUGAUACUCUUAUUCUACCCACCAAUACAUGUACAAGGUCACAAAUGCCAGGAGUUGUUGGUGAUAGGGAUAUGUACUGGACCCCUGGCUCUCUGCAUGCAGUUCAAAAUCACCCUAGCCACUGUCCCCAGGUCGGGAGUCGUUACAAGCCCGCAACUUUUGUCUUCAGUGAUUCCUCGACUGCUAUCCUAGAUAGCCUAGGAUCCCACAGGCUUCCCCCACCCACCCGUCAGCCACAGUUCUCCAAGGAGGCUCUCAGAAAGGAAACUGCCAACUAUUGAUUCACGCUGAAAUAUAAAUGACUGGUAGGAGGAAUGUGUUACCUCUUCCCGGAGACAUCAUUUAUAAUUGGGAGAGAGCAGAGCCUUUAAUCCCAAGGGAAAAUGGAGUGGAACUAAAGGCGUAAAAGCUUCCCAGGCAGAAAAGACCUGGGGACUCUGACCUGUUGCUUUGGAAGCUCUGCACCAGCCAGCAGCACUGCACUGCUUCUUCUUCUAAUUUUUCUUUAACUUUGCCCCUCUCAAAGAGAAUAUAGCAAAAAAAAAAAAAGGAAUUCGUAUGUGCAUUUUUUUAACCCAUUUGGAAUGCAGUUCUUGCUCUCUCCUAGAUGCCAAUCAUGAAUAGUAUGAAAUAGUAUCUAAAUUUCCUGAGGGGUGCUUUUUGAUUACGUAGGUCAUUUCAAACACCCCUUUAAAUACAGCUAGAAAAUAAAACCAUUUUGUAAAAGCCACAUUUGCAUCCAGUGCCAGCCUAGCACAGAGUAUCCAGGUAUGCCCACCUUUAAUAGAAUCUCUCCAACUUCUGAUGUAUGAGGAAAAACAAAACAAAAAAAGGGAAGGUUUCCAAUUACUCUUUUGUCUUCAGACAUUUAGUAAUAUAAAGUACCUAUUUUUAUGCUGAAAUGUUUAUACAGGUUUAUUAACAGCAAGCGCAACUAACUGGCGGCAUGCCUCACAUCACGUUUUGAUAUAUUAGCCAUGCUUCCAGAUAAAGGCAAGCCCCAAACUACUCACCUUUUGCAGUCUCUCUGGGAUCAGUAAAAGAAAAAACAUCAUAUGUUUGAGAAGUGGGACUGUAAAUAUGUAAUGUAUAUUUAACUUUGUGUAGCCCAUGUACCUACCUUGUAUAGAAAAAUAAUUUUUAAAACUUGAGCGGAAAGGAAGUAAAAUAAGAAAGUCAUGAAGGUUUUUUUUUUCCACUUUUAUUUAAAUGAAGGAAUUUCAAAUAAUUCACCUGCAGACUUUUAGCACAAAAAUAGUCCUUGGAAAUUGUUAACUGGGGAAGAGAAGACAACUAUAAUAUCAUUUACAGUUUUCUUUCUGCAGUCCUUCUUAUCUGCAUUAGUAUUAAGUGAUAUUGCUGAAAUAGGUUACUACCAGAAAAGGAUUAUAACCAGAAGAAAAAAAGACCUGACAUAUGUAACCUAUUAAAUUUAAAGUAUUUAAAGUACUGUCUUUAAAUUCCACAUCAAACGCAUGUACUAUGCAGACACAGGUUUUUUGGUUCAUUUAUUUUUCUUUAUUGCAGUGGAUUGAUUUGAUAGAUUUGUUGAAUUACUACCUUGCUGUACAUAUUAUUUAAUAAACUUUAUUCAGAAUUGCGUGGCA